AUGUUCACCGCUCGUGCAAGAACUGCUCUUUCCUCGACCCUUCGCUCCACCCGCACCCCUCUCGUCAAUCGUUCAUUCCACGCUUCAGCGCCCAUCAUGGUCAAGGUCGGCGACUCUAUUCCGGACAUUGAGUUGAUGGAGGACUCUCCGGCAACAAGGUCUCCAUCCCCAAGCUCCUCAAGGGCAAGGGUCUCAUCAUUGGUGUUCCUGCUGCUUUCAGUAAGAUUGCUCUCUUGUUAUAGUCUAUCGUUUGCUUCACCACCACCCCCUGCGCCCCGAGCCUCAUGCGCUUGCGCGCCUGCACCGAGUCUAGUGUUAGGCCCCUCAUGCUCCGAGUCCCACAUUCCUGGUUACAUCAACUACAAGAACCUCAAGGACGCUGGUGAUGUCUUUGUCGUUUCGGUCAACGAUCCCUUCGUCAUGAAGGCAUGGGCCCACGACCUUGAUGCUGACAAGAAGAGCGGUAUCCGCUUCCUUGCCGACCCUGACUGCAAGUUCACCAAGGCUCUCGACCUCGAUUUCGAUGCUACUCCCAUCCUCGGCAACCACCGUAGCAAGCGCUACGCUCUGGUCAUCGAGGACGGUAAGGUCAAGGAGGCCCACGUCGAGCCCGACAACACUGGCAUGAGUGUUUCGGUUGUCGACAAGGUCCUCGGUUAG